CGCCAACUUCUCCUAAUUAGCAUACUUGAGCCACACCCAAUUUUGCCAUAUUCCCGACCAUCAUCACUCCUUUCUGGCUCGGGACAUUUAAGGACUUCGUCGACGAUUACAUCGACACCCAAAUACCUCAGCUAAUCGCAGCUCAUUACCGCCUUGGUUACAUCCCACCCUUCUCCGGUCUCUCCCAUUCACCCGCAACGUGCGUUACCUCGCUCACAUCUUUCUCGACCAAUCUCCUUCUGGUCAACCUUUCGCACGCUUCACUGGCUCCUCUCCGAGCAAAGACUGCGUCUCAAUCAUUGCGACAACCGAGAUUAACACUACUUCCGCAUUGCGACAACGCCAAUGGCACGUUUUCGGUUGCCAAUCGCCCUGCUAUCCCUCGCCCUGCUCGCCGCGCACUCCGUUCUCGCACAAUAUGGCACAUAUGACUACGGCUUUGACGCAGCAAAGCUCAUAAAGCGCCAGCUCGCGUCGCAAGAACCGGUGCCAGUAGUAAGGGGAGCAGAGGGCGGGGAGACAAUUCGACUGCGACAAGAAGUCCGUCAGCUCGAGCAGGACAAAGAGCUAUGGACGCUCUACAUCCUGGGGCUCAGUCUGAUGCAGUUCACCGACCAGUCAUCGCCGGUGUCGUGGUACGGGAUUACUGGGAUACACGGCAUACCUCACCAAACCUGGGGCGGUGUGACUCCAACUCCCGGAAAUGAGGAAACAGGAUAUUGUACUCACUCCUCGAUCCUCUUCCCGACAUGGCAUCGCCCUUAUCUUGUCCUCUACGAGCAAGUACUUUACAACCUGAUCCAGAACAUUGCCAAAUGGUGGCCCGAAGGCGAACCACGAGAACGAUACCAGGCGACUGCACUCCGGUUCCGCAUACCCUACUGGGAUUGGGCUUCCAGCCCGCCUUCUGGACAGAGCGUUCUGCCUCUUAGUGUUGGCGGGAGCCCGUACGUGGAUGUGAACGGUCCCAGUGGCGUGCAGAGAAUUGCCAACCCUUUGUUCAGUUACUCCUUCAAGCCGCUGAAUGCUACUGCCUUUCUUCAGGAUCCGUGGGAUAUAUGGACAGUCACUCUCAGAAGCCCCACUACCAGCGAUAACAAGGCGCAAUCCAACAACUCCCUCGUGGCCAUGAACUUUGACCAAAAUCUCGACUCACUCGGACAACGUCUCUACAUCCUUUUCUCCAACUAUGGCAACUACAGCACCUUUAGCAACAACGCCUGGAUACCCUACAUCAAUAAUGGCUCCUUCGACUCCCUCGAAGCCAUCCACGACACUGUACACAACCUAGCCGGCGGCGGCGGACUAGGCCAACCCAACGCUCAAGGCGGCCACAUGGCCUACAUUCCCUACUCCUCUUUUGAUCCCAUAUUCUUCCUUCAUCAUGCCAUGGUCGAUCGCAUCUUCGCCAUCUGGCAAUCCUUGUACCCAACCAGCUAUGUCACCCCCAUGCAAGCCUACAUCGCAUCCUAUACCACGUCCCGAGGCGAGUUCCAAAACGCCGCCACCCCUUUAACACCCUUCUUCUUUAACGAGAACGGCACGUUUUGGACGUCGGACAUGGUCCGCGAUCAUACGAGGUUUGGAUACAACUACCCCGAGCUGGCGGGAGUGUCGGGUAGUGUACCGAACAGCCAGAGCCGAGCUCUGUCCAGGAGGGCAAGGGGAAGGGUGAUGGCAGCGAUCAACCGCCUCUACGGUCCAUCUACUCCCUCGAGUCUCUACCGCAAGGAAUUGCGAGCCGGAAGACUGGGACCAGGAAAGAAGGUCCCCGGCAAUCUACCAGCGGGAAGGGUCUUUAGCGGUAAUGGACAGUACAGGGAGUGGAUAGCAAAUGUGAAGGUGAAGAAACAAGCCUUGAAUGGGCCGUUCUUCAUCCAUUUGUUUCUUGGGGAAGCACCGAAAGACCCGAAAGAGUGGGCGUCCGCGAAGAAUCAUGUCGGGUCGAUGGGGGUCUUUGCUUCUGAUGAGAGGUAUGGGGAGAGUAAGAUGGAUGGGAUGGAUGAAGUUAUGGUGUCGGGGACCGUGCCGUUGACUAAGGCGCUGGUUGAGAAGGUGAUGAGGACGGGAAAGUUUGGUGUCGCAACCGGGGGAGGUGGUAGUAAAGGUAGAAGCGUCGGUGGUCGUUUCGUUGGCUUUGGAGGAGACGUCGGCGCCGGUUUCAGGGGUGAAGGAGAAAGAGAAGGAGAAGGAGAAGAUGGAGAGUGGGAAGUACAGGAGGUGUUGAGGAGUCUGGACCCCAAAGAUGUGGAACCGUUCCUGAGGAGAAAAUUGGUGGUGAAUAUCGUCAAGGUGGAUGGAAAGGUGGUGAUGCAUGGGAGUUAUGUGGAGGGGCUGGGGAUUCAUGUGGUUAGUUCGAUGGUGAGGGCGGCGAGGGUUGAGGAGGAAUUGCCGGCAUGGGGCGAGGCGGAGGGAGGCUUUGAUGUUGUUUGAAUGUGAAGUGGUGAGGGUUUCAGGGAAGAAAAGGGAGGCUUUGCUAUGACAUUUGUAGUCGCUAUGUAUUUGUAUGACCCUGGCUGAGGGCAAGACGUUGGUUUCUUUGCUAGAUUAUGGUGAGGUAAUGGCCCUUUGGGUGUAAUAGCAGCUGAGGUUAAUGACAUGGAGUGGUUAUCCAAUGAGGAGGCCCAGUAAAUAUCUGGUGAUCAGACAGUGUAUCAGUAGUUAAUACACUGG